AUCUUAAACGGAAUUGAAUUCCGAAAAAAUUGCGUGAUCUCGCUGCAUAAACUAAAGCAGAAUGGACUGCCACGUUUCGGUAAUAUACAGGAGAUAAUCGUUAUAAAUGAUAUCGUGAGAGUACUUGUCACCUCAUGGGAAGCUGUUGAUUUUGACGAAACCCUUCAAGCAUAUUUAGUCGAAGAUGAAGAUAAAAACAUAUUGAUCGAUCUAACAGAAAUGCACUGCUAUGCGGUGUUCUUAUUUUGGAGAAAAUAUAACGAUAGUGUUUGUUAUAUUUCUCGCAGAAUUUACAACAAUGAUUUUUAAAUCCAAACAUAUUUUUUAACAGGGAACGAAGGAAUCCUUGAUAUGGAGACUUUUUCCAUGUUGAACGAAAAUGAUUUUAACAGAAUGAAUCUCAAUACUGGUCAGCGAAAACAAAUUUUAAAACACCAAAAAAAAAUUAAUGAAAUUAAAGAUUAUAUGACCGAAGAGUCAACCGGCGGCGACACUUCAUACGAACAGUAUGAAUACAUCGAACAGGAUGAUGAGACGUUAGAGACCUCGCAAGUAGCAACGGCACAGCGCUCUGUUUCACUAGAAAAGGAAUUCGAUAUCGACUUGAUUUUUAAGAAAACUCCGGAAGGACGAAAUGUCAUGGCAUCGUUGAAAGAAAAAAACCCGCUAAAUAAUAAACUGGUCAAAUCGAUUACCAAAAUUCUAUGCGAAUACCUGAUCAAUAAUUAUGGUUUUCAUCCGAGCACACAUUAUAAAAAUAUUAUUGCCGUUUCAUUGGUAAACAAAUAUGAUAUGCUGAAAUCGGAGUUUGCGGAGGUACCCCAGGCUGUGUGGUUUUACCCGCACGGAAGAGGAUACGGAAAACAUAGUGGCAAACUACACUACCAUAUUGAAUAUAUGGUGAAGAAGCACGAAAAGCAGAUCCGUCAGAACAAAGUUAUUCCUAAUGUAAACAUCAACUUCGAUGCAUCAACCAGCAAUGCCACAGGAACCAGUUCGGAAACUACUGAGGAAAACUUGAUAGAAAUCGUUGAAAACCUUAAAUUCAUCGUGCCAUCCGACGAAUCACUAGAGAUGAUACGAGCAAACUGGAUAAAGACCUUCAAAAUUCGCCAAGAGCAUCGCAGAAAAGUUACCGAACCCGAGCUAAUGUUGGAAAUGUUCCCACUUUCUACGGCGUUCAGAGGAGCCUUGAUUAACUUGGAUUUUAAUGACAUGUUUCCAUCCGCUAAUCCCAACAUUGAAGGUGAACUAGAUUCAUUGCAGAUCAAAAUUACCAAUAGAUUUGCCCACCUACACUCAACGAUACCGGAUCAUUUCAUCCGCAUGUUACUAAUCGUAAAGGAAAAAAAUCCAUCACGCGGCGCGAAGCGGACAAAUGACGGUUCACAGAAAGUUAAUAACCUUCUGGAGAGAAUUGUAGAGUGGAUUGAUCCAGAAGAAGAUGUCGAGCAGUAUGCUGAGAGAUAUAAAGCCACGAAAAACCCAGUUCUAAUUGUGAAGGCCCCUAUAUACAGUUCAGGAGAAGGGUACGUUCGUAUAGGAAAAAACGUUUUCUAUGCGGGCUCCGAAUUACCCAUUACUUUUUUUACUUUGAUCAAAUCGCAUUAUUACUUCAAUACGAAAUUCGAGCCAUCACUCUCGAAUUUCUACUUUUUUUUUACUUCUACUGUACUCAAGAUAACGAAACCUACAACCACCACUAACAGCUUCCUUUUACAAUUGAAAUAAAAAGUUAAAACUUCUUCCGUAAUAA